GCGGCUCUGCUUGGCGCCGGACGCGGUGACUACAUUCAUCAGAGUAGCGAGAAAGGGGCGGCGAGUAGCUACCGCACAUGCCAGGGACGCCGUAGGUGGGAGCGGGCAGCGCAUGCGCGCCCUCUCCCAGAAGCCUGGUGCGCCGGGGGGCGCGCGCCCAAGCUCGCGCGCGCACGCUUGCGCUAGCCAAGGCUUCCCUGCCUGCGCUUGUUGUCAGAGCCGCUCCGGCGCGUGCGCGCGUUAUCUCCGGCAGACCCGGGUUCCCUCAGCUCCAGGCCCCCGUCCCUCCCCCCUCCCCCCCGCCGCCCCCUCCCAGCCCAUCCCCUUCUCCUCGCGGAAUGGGGCUGGCGCUGCUCGGGGUCGCGCGCCCAGGACCCGGCUCGCGCUCGGUCUCGCGCUGUCAGGGACUGCCCGGCUCGCGCCGUCUCGCGCUCUCUCUCAGUCAGUGGCGCCGAAGGCUCCGUUAAGCGGCGGCGGCGGCGGCGGCGGCGGCGGCGGCGGUGGCGGUUCCUGUUUCCGUUUUCUUCCUCUCGCUUCAGUCGGGAGUAGCAUCCUCCACUCAGUCACCCCUCCCACUCCCCCCCCACGCGGGGCAGCUGCAGCGGAGGGCUGUGGCGGCGGCGACCGGGGACGGCACAGAUCGCGUGUGCUCCCGCCUCGGAUUACUUAUUUGCUAAGAGGACACUCUUGAUGGUGUUUUCAUUCAAGACAAAGUGCUAUAUUGCCUUUUUAAUUUAACUGAAGACUCAGAGCAUUGCUCAUCUCUGGCUAUCCAUGGUGCCAGGCAGAGAUCAGACCUCUGUCAUGCAAGUCUGGUGUGCUACUACUGUUACUCAAUCUCCCCAGCUCUAAGCAUGUAGAGCCCAUGAAGCACAGAACAAUAAGUAAAGCUUCCUACUCAGACCACCAGGAGGAGCUCCUUGAAACAUUCACCAGAGGACUACCAAAGGGACUGAGGCAUCCAUCAUGUGUUGAAUCAAUAGAAGACUGUUUUUGCUUUUGCACUAUCUAGACUCAGUGUUACAAUGUCUUUAAUUCUUUGAGUUCCAGGAAGCUAGAGAAGUGAGUUGAAAAUCUGAAAAUGCGGCCAUGGACUGGUUCCUGGCGUUGGAUUAUGCUCAUUCUUUUUGCCUGGGGAACCUUGCUGUUUUAUAUUGGUGGUCACUUGGUACGAGAUAAUGACCACCCUGAUCACUCUAGUCGAGAAUUGUCCAAGAUUCUGGCAAAGCUUGAACGUUUAAAACAGCAGAAUGAAGAUUUGAGGCGAAUGGCUGAAUCUCUCCGAAUACCAGAAGGUCCCGUUGAUCAGGGACCAGCUUCAGGAAGGGUUCGUGUUUUAGAAGAACAGCUUGUGAAGGCCAAAGAACAGAUAGAAAAUUAUAAGAAGCAAACUAGAAAUGGCCUGGGGAAGGAUCAUGAAAUCUUAAGGAGGAAAAUUGAAAAUGGAGCCAAGGAGCUUUGGUUUUUUCUGCAGAGUGAACUUAAGAAAUUAAAGACUUUGGAAGGGGGUGAACUCCAAAGACAUGCAGAUGAAUUUCUGUCAGAUUUAGGACAUCAUGAAAGGUCUAUAAUGACAGAUCUGUACUACCUCAGUCAAAUAGAUGGAGCAGGUGAUUGGAGGGAAAAAGAGGCCAAAGACCUGACAGAGCUGGUCCAGCGUAGAAUAAUAUAUCUUCAGAAUCCUAAGGACUGCAGCAAAGCCAAGAAAUUAGUGUGUAAUAUCAACAAAGGCUGUGGCUAUGGCUGUCAACUCCAUCAUGUGGUUUACUGCUUCAUGAUUGCAUAUGGCACCCAGAGAACACUCAUUUUGGAAUCUCAGAAUUGGCGCUAUGCCACUGGUGGGUGGGAAACUGUAUUUAGACCUGUAAGUGAGACCUGCACAGACAGAUCUGGCAUCUCCACUGGACACUGGUCAGGUGAAGUAAAGGACAAAAAUGUUCAGGUGGUUGAGCUCCCCAUUGUGGAUAGUCUUCACCCUCGUCCUCCCUACUUACCCUUGGCUGUACCAGAAGACCUUGCAGAUAGACUUGUGCGAGUCCAUGGUGACCCUGCAGUGUGGUGGGUGUCUCAGUUUGUCAAAUACUUGAUCCGCCCUCAGCCUUGGCUGGAAAAGGAAAUAGAAGAGGCUACCAAGAAACUUGGCUUCAAACAUCCAGUUAUUGGAGUCCACGUCAGGCGCACAGACAAAGUGGGAACAGAAGCAGCUUUCCAUCCCAUUGAAGAAUACAUGGUACAUGUGGAGGAACAUUUCCAGCUUCUCUCUCGCAGAAUGAUAAUAGAUAAAAAACGAGUGUAUUUGGCCACUGAUGACCCUUCCUUAUUAAAGGAGGCAAAAACAAAGUACCCCAAUUAUGAAUUUAUUAGUGAUAACUCUAUCUCUUGGUCAGCUGGACUACACAAUCGGUACACAGAAAAUUCACUUCGGGGUGUGAUACUGGACAUACACUUUCUCUCCCAGGCAGACUUCUUAGUGUGUACUUUUUCAUCCCAGGUUUGCCGAGUUGCUUAUGAAAUCAUGCAAACACUGCAUCCUGAUGCCUCUGCAAACUUCCAUUCUUUGGAUGACAUCUACUAUUUUGGGGGCCAAAAUGCUCACAACCAGAUUGCCAUUUAUCCUCAUCAGCCUCGAACUGCAGAUGAAAUCCCUAUGGAACCUGGAGAUAUCAUUGGUGUGGCUGGAAAUCACUGGGAUGGCUAUUCCAAAGGCGUGAACAGAAAACUGGGAAGGACUGGCCUAUAUCCCUCCUAUAAAGUUCGAGAAAAGAUAGAAACAGUCAAGUACCCCACAUAUCCUGAGGCAGAAAAAUAAAGCUAACUUGGAAGAGAUGAACAACCAAACUCAGUUCAAAUAAAAUACUUGAGUCAAACAACAGAUGGAGAAGGUCCUCACCCAACAACACCUGGUGACAUGAGCAGACACCCUCAGUACUAGAAGCAGAGGGCUCUGAUGGAAUUCCUCUUCACAAGGGCUACAAUUGCCCUCAAGCCCAUGCACAGUCCAAUGAUGUGCUCACAUAUAACAUGCAAGAAGGUUGUUUUCUAUUUUGCCCCUUCUCAAGAUUAUGUCCCCAUGAAACAAACACUGCCACAUUGUGUAAUUUAAGUAACACGGACAUUUUGUGUGAGACUUCAAAUAUGGUGCCUAUACCUGAGAGACUUAAAUGACCUAAAGUGAAGGCUGAAGUUCCCUACUAUGGGAAGGUUGAUUCUUAGCCAGUGGUGGUAUUGUAACCACUGAAUUCACUCCAGUCACAGAUUCAGAAUGAGAAUGGGUGGUUUUUGUCUGGAUUUUUUUUUUUUUAAAGUAAUUGCAUUAGUUCAUUUGCCUCAUCAUUAAUAAGUGAUGGACUCAUCAGAAAAUAAAAUAUUCACACUCCAUUAAGAACUUUUGUAAAACAAUGUCAUGAGCAAAUUCUUUAGUACUCAAUGUUUCUGGACAUUCUCUUUGAUAACAAAAAUAAAUUUUAAAAAGAGGAA